CUGCUUGUGAACGUGUAGUCGUACGUCUUAGUCUCGCGAGAUGAGUUUUCUGGCGUCUAGAAUGCUUGUCUGACAUUAACGCAGGAGCUGCUGUGCAUUUAAACAGCCAACCGGGAGUGCGGUAUUGUUAAGGAAGAGGCUAUUGAAAAGUUUAGUUGCGAGUGCCAAGUUCUGUGCCUGUUCCGUUCUCUGAAUAUGAAGGAGGGUUUAUCUCUGUUGAACUCUCCAUUUCUGGGUCUUCCGUUCCAGUAAAUGUCUGGCUGUCGGAUCCUGAUGGCAUAGUACAGCUGUUCGUGUUAAAAGAUUGUACAGGCUUUGGCCACUAAACCAAUGCAACUAUGACUACUCCAGGCUUGAAAGCAGACUGUGAAACUCUCCUCGGAAGGUUCCAGGAGACAGACAGUGUUCGCUUUGAGGAAUUUGCAGCAAUAUGGAAGGAUAUGAAGUUUUCUCACAUAUUUUUCGGUGGCAUGCGGAAUCUAGAAAUGUGUAAAUUCGCAAGAGAGGCCUUAUCUGUUGCUUCCUACUACUUCCUGCCUCCUUAUACCUUUCAGAUACGGGUUGGAGCCCUGUAUUUGUUGUACGGUCUAUACAACUCACAACUUUGUCAGCCCAAGCAAAAGAUAAGAAUUGCACUGAAGGAUUGGAAUGAUAUUGAUAAAUUUUAUCAGGAUCUGAUCGGCGCACAACAUUUAGAUGCAGCUUACAUCAUGAGGCAAUUGCGUAUAAGCAGAGCCUUUCAUUUCACAGGAAUGCCCGAAUUUCUGACUUUCAGAUACCAUAGAAACCAGCCCCGUCAUGUGGGGAAAGAUGAGUUUAAGGAUGCCAGGGACAGAGUGCAAGAUCUUGUUACAUCUGAAACACUGGAGGAAAUGUUAAAUAUCCACGAGCACUAUCAGAAAACCAAAUGCUUGAUUUCUGCUGAUAAGUCCCAGCCGGACCGGUCGCUGAGUCUGGUUAAAGAAGAUUUUGUGCCAAAUCUCAAACAUCUACUAUCCGAGCAUGAGUCGUGGAAGCUAGAGAAAGGGAAACCAAGGACUAAAAUUGAUGAUGAAAAUGAAGAAAAAGAAGGCGCUUCACAAGAAUCAGAAAGUUCAGAAAGAGCUCAAACAUUGGCCAAAAUAAAGUCCAAAUGCUAUGGGGCUGUUACAGAGGCCCCCAAGUCUAGGAGGCAUCGCCAAGUCAAGAUGGCAUCAUCAGACUCGAGUUCUGACUGCGUGGGAAAAAAAUCACAGAAGAGUAAAAGAAAAAGAAGGGCACCUAGGAAGACAGAAAUAUUAAAAGGCUCCAAGCUUGGAAAGUCUAAAAAAAACAUGCCCACUAUUCCUGAGGAAGAUUCCACUUCAAGUAGCAGUGGAGAGACGUAUGUCCCAAAACGUACAAGAAAAAGAUAAGAAAGAAGCCUGGAAAUGGAUGUCAAGAUUUUGUGACACAGGACCAAAUUGUGUCAAAAUAAAACAUUGAUGAAAUAAAACUAGAAAUAAAACAUUGAUGAAAUUGAAUAACCUGGUGAACAGAGGGUAACUACUAAACCCCCCCACAAAAAAAAUGUUUUAAGGUGCCCGGCAUGCAGAGCAACCCUGCACCCAAUCCACUCCCCACUAUGCAUGAAUACGGACGACGGAGGAUUUAUGAGGAGGCUACCCCCUAGGGGGGUCUGCUGUCUAUUGUUACGCCGCAUCUUGUGAAGCUUCUGUUUGGAAUUUCUGAAUCCUAGUUUGACAGUGCUAUUUUUGUACUGGUUGCAUUUGUAAUUGCUGAAAAUCAAAUCUUGUACAUCGGACUGUUGUGCUGUCUUUAAAGGAGAAAUAAAGCCCUGCACCAGUAAUCACAUCUCUGUUCUUCAAGCAUAAGGUACAGGACGGAGUACUUUUUAUUUCAUUUACAUUUCUUGAUGUAAUAGCAAGACAGAUGAAACUAGUAAGGUGACAUUGUCUCUAUUGCAAGACAAAGCUUCUAUGGCUUAAAACGGACGUAUACCCACCUGUAUAACAUAAAAUUUACUUAAAUUGCU